CACAGGCACGCUGUCUGCUCAGGUCCAGUCUGUGCCCUCCACCGCCGCUAUGGUCGCCAUGCCCACCGCCUGGUGCUCAGUUGCUCUGGCGCUGCUUGUGGCCCUGCAUGAAGGCAAGGGCCAGGCCACUGCCACCCCGGAGCAACCAGCAUCCUUGCCCCAUGCCCGAGGCUCCCACCUGCGUCCUCGGCGUUGCUCCUGCAGCUCCUGGCUCGACAAGGAGUGCGUCUACUUCUGCCACCUGGACAUCAUCUGGGUGAACACUCCUGGACAGACAGCUCCUUACGGCCUGGGAAACCCGCCAAGACGCCGGCGCCGCUCCCUGCCAAGGCGUUGUGAAUGCUGCAGUGCCAGGGACCCCGCCUGUGCCACCUUCUGCCAUCGAAGGCCCUGGGCUGGAGCUGUGGCAGUCUCAAGUGGUGGGUCUCCUACAGACAUGUCCCAAGCUGGAAGCACAUGGACCUCUGCAGGAGAGCUCCUCCAGCGGCUGAGGGACAUUUCUGCAGCCAAGAUCUGCUUUGCUAGGCGACAGCAGGAGGCAACAAGGAAGCCCAGGCCUACACACUCCAGGCGGAGGAAGAGAUAGUGCUGGCUGCUAAAGGAAAUGGAGAAGGAAGCUUGUGUGGAGACAGGAGGAGAGGGGCGGCCCUGGGCUGGGGCACAGGCUCCAGCCCCCGUCCCUGGAGACGGAGCCUCCUUCAAGGCAGCUCAGUGCCCUCAUACUGCCCAGGAAAGCCUUCAGCCCCCAGGCUGCCGAGUGGCCUCCCACACUGGCUGUGGCCCCACAGCCCUGCUGAAAGGAACCGCCUGGGGAAAGGCUAUGUCCCAAGAGGUGUCCGGUCGGCUCUAACCAGGAGUGACAUGCUCUGAUGGAUGCUCACGCCAAAGCCAGCCCAGGAGGCUGGGUAGGCCUGCCCAAGGUCUGGUGUCUGGGCUGGCCCCUGUCUGUUCCCUCUAGGUCUCCCUCCCAGAUUCCUUGUACCCUCAUACCCUUGGGACACUCCUGGUGAGAGGGCCUGGUCUGCUUCACCUGUCUGUAUAUAACUUAUUUGCUCUAAGAACUUCAAGAAUUACAGUUAUUUAUUUUAAUGUAUUUUUUUAGACUCGA